GGGCUGCUGCGGCUGCUCCGCCGGCGGAUCAUCACUCUCGGGCUGGGAUGGACGCGGGGCGGGCGGGCCCUGGCGCGCGGAGCCAGGAGUCCGGGCCUCCCGGCUGCUGAGCGUCCCUCGAAGCCUCCCCUACCCUUGCCUUCCUUCCUAGGAACCGGGCCCACCCCAGCCCCGGGGCUCCGGACUCGGCUCCCGCCCUCCUCUGAGUCCCCAGACCUCCCCCUCCCGCCCGCCCUCGGGAUCGACUAGAUCCCUCCCCCUCCCCGAGGAUUCCGGCUGGAUCCCUGCCCCUGCACCGCGGAUCCUGCGCUCCCGGGCCCCUGGGGAUUGCCGUGGACCGUGGACUCCUUCCCCAGCACCCGAUCCUUUAGGAUCCUCCGCCUGGACCGCCUUCUGGUCCCUCGAAGCCAGCCCACAGAGCCAGUGGAUCCCCAAUCCAGUCCUGUCUCGUUGUCCCCUCCUUGCUCUGCCUUCCCCACUGCGGGGUUCCCUGUUCUCGGGCUCCCCCUGACCCCAUCCCCUAGAUCUCCUUUUCCCGGGGAUCGACUGGAUCCCGGCCCCGCCCCCCGGGGCUGGGGCGAUCCCCCUCCCCCGCCGGGUGAGGCGCUGCGGGCGGGGGCUGGGCCUGCGGGGCCGCGGGGGCUCGGAGGCCGCCGCCCCCCUCCCGAAGGCCGUCCGCCCCCUACUCGGAGCCCUGGAUGGAGGCACCACGGCCCCAGGGCUGAGCCAGGUAGGAGCUAAGCCGGCCGGGUGGAGGGGGCUGCGGGCGGUCCACUGGGGUCUCCCUCUCCCCAUCUCCCUCCCUGCGCCUGGUUUCCCCCAGCCUGCUCUGUCUGCGUGUCUCCGCCUAGGGAUGCUCUCGCCGUGUCUCUGCGUCUUGGUCUCUUUGUCUCUGCCUCUCUCCGGUCCAUGAAUGAUCCUUUCAAUGGGCCCACAGACCCCGUGUGUUCCCAUCUCCCCUCCCCCUCCUUCUCCCCUUCCCGGCCAAGCCAUUUUCACCACUGCAGGAAGGGGGGGCCUGCGGCCAGAGCCCCCGUCCCUCAACUCUCCCCGGCUGGGGGAGUCAGGCCUGGGCAGGAAUGGAGAGAGCAAGGCAGAGGGAUGGGGAGGAGGAGGGAGCAAGAUGUGGCAGACAGAGAUGGGGAGAGAAAAUGGGGGAGACAGAGACAGGGAAAGACAGGGGAGAGAGAGAGAGAGCACGAGGGUGCUUGAGGGAGAAAUUUGGGGAAGGUAUUUGGAGGAAAGAGAGAAAGAGAUGAGAAAAACCAAGGAGAGAGAUGAAGAGAGACUGAAGGCAAGAGCUGGAGCAAGCUGGAAGAGGCCCAGGAAAGAUGCUCUGAGGGAGCGCUACGGAGAGGAGAGAGAUGGGGGGGCCUCCAGUGGGAGGGAAGGAGGGAGAGAAGCUGUCUGGUAGGGAGAAGGCCAGGGGCCCAAAGUACCCUAAGGGAGAGGGGGUGACAGAGGCAGACCAUGUUGGGGAGAGGGGGCAGCAAGGCCAUGGUAGCUGAGCCCAGUCUGUCUUAGGAAGAGUGAUCCUGGGGGAGCUAGCCCCAAGCCCCCUCCAGGUGAUGGGGGAACAGGAGCUUAAGACAACCUGAAGAGGGGGAGGGCAUGGCUGGGGGAGUGUGGUAAGGAUUCCUGUGUCCUCAUCUCUGGAAUAAAUUGACACCUGCAGAGAGCCACCCGCGGGCUGGCGCCUGGCUCUGAAAACCCCGCGUCAGCAAACAGCUCUGGCGGCUGGGAGGGGGGCAGGGGGGGCUUGCCGAAAUGACCUGGGUACCUGCCCCUUCAGGCUGAUCUCUUCCCUUGUCCUGUCCCUGCUGCCCUGAGCACCCAGGCAUCACAGCAGCAACUGUGGGGGCUGGCAAGGGGAAGGGGAGGUGAAUGGAUGGGAAGGGAUGGGAUGGGAUGAGAAGAAAGCUGAGAGUUGUCCCCAGGACAUGGGUCAAAAUACUGUGCAAAGAAGAAGAGGUGUCUGGGGUCCAAGGCUAUUCAAGAUUGUGGGAGGGGAGCAGUCAGUGGGCUCAUGUGAUGCCUUCCCAAGCCCACCUCAGCAUCCCUUCUCCCCAGCCAGAGGCCUGGUCACUAGGAAAAGCUCUGAUUGGCCAAUAAGGAGGGAAAAGGCAGGUCUUUUAGGGUUCUCAAUGCCCCCAAUCUUCCCCUCCCCUCAACAUAUAUACUUCUUCCUCUAGGCUAAGGUUGAGGGAAACCUAGCACUCUGACUCAUGGCCCUGCCCCCUCCUCAUGCCCUGAGUGGACCCCACAACCAAGCCAGCCCCUUCCCCUCUUGCUCCAGACCCCCCCCUCCAGGGUUAAAGCUGCAGCCCGUUGCCGAGGUAACAUUGCGGGGCAGCAUCCCGUCGCCCAGCAACCGGCUGCAGGAUCACGCAUCUGUCCCGGGAUUUGCCCCUCCAGCAUCCCCUGCCUACUCUAACCCCGGCCUCAAGACACCUCAACUUCUGAAGGAAGAAAUGGAGAGGGCCUGGGGAGAGAGGUCCUGGGUGCACAAAUCCUUAGGGAAUGGUCGGGCCUGCCUUCACCUGCUCCCACCUCCUUCCCCACCCCUUGCCCCCUCCAUGGAGAGGAACAGACCCCUUCUCUGUCCAGUCUAACCCAGGACCCUCCCCACCCCCCUCUUCCCUCCUUUCCCCUGCCCCCUCCUCCCUCCUGGGGCGAGGGGGGCCUCCCUCCCUCUCCCCCCCCUUCUCUCUCUCUCCGAGGGGGGGGGUCCCGGGGAGGGAGGGGGGGUCCCCCGAUCAGCAUGUGGCUCCUGGCGCUGUGUCUGGUGGGGCUGGCGGGGGCUCAACGGGGGGGAGGGGGUCCCGGCGGCGGCGCCCCGGGCGGCCCGGGCCUGGGCCUCGGCAGCCUCGGGGAGGAGCGCUUCCCAGUGGUGAACACGGCCUACGGGCGAGUGCGCGGUGUGCGGCGCGAGCUCAACAACGAGAUCCUGGGCCCCGUCGUGCAGUUCUUGGGCGUGCCCUACGCCACGCCGCCCCUGGGCGCCCGCCGCUUCCAGCCGCCUGAGGCACCCGCCUCGUGGCCCGGCGUGCGCAACGCCACCACCCUGCCGCCCGCCUGCCCGCAGAACCUGCACGGGGCGCUGCCCGCCAUCAUGCUGCCUGUGUGGUUCACCGACAACUUGGAGGCGGCCGCCACCUAUGUGCAGAACCAGAGCGAGGACUGCCUGUACCUCAACCUCUACGUGCCCACCGAGGACGGUCCGCUCACAAAAAAACGUGACGAGGCGACGCUCAAUCCGCCAGACACAGAUAUCCGCGACUCUGGGAAGAAGCCUGUGAUGCUGUUUCUACAUGGCGGCUCCUACAUGGAGGGCACCGGGAACAUGUUUGAUGGUUCGGUCCUGGCCGCCUAUGGCAACGUCAUCGUAGCCACACUCAACUACCGUCUUGGGGUGCUCGGUUUUCUCAGCACCGGGGACCAGGCUGCAAAAGGCAACUAUGGGCUCCUCGACCAAAUUCAGGCCCUGCGCUGGCUCAGUGAGAACAUCGCUCACUUUGGGGGUGACCCUGAGCGCAUCACCAUCUUCGGGUCUGGGGCAGGGGCCUCCUGUGUCAACCUUCUGAUCCUCUCCCACCAUUCGGAAGGGCUGUUCCAGAAGGCCAUUGCCCAGAGUGGCACCGCCAUUUCCAGCUGGUCUGUUAACUACCAGCCGCUCAAGUACACGCGGCUGCUGGCAGCCAAGGUGGGCUGUGACCGGGAGGACAGUGCCGAAGCUGUGGAGUGUCUGCGCCGGAAGCCCUCCCGGGAGCUGGUGGACCAGGAUGUGCAGCCCGCCCGCUACCACAUCGCCUUCGGGCCCGUGGUGGACGGCGAUGUAGUCCCUGAUGACCCUGAGAUCCUCAUGCAGCAAGGAGAAUUCCUCAACUACGACAUGCUCAUCGGUGUCAACCAGGGAGAGGGCCUCAAGUUUGUAGAAGACUCUGCAGAGAGUGAGGACGGCGUGUCCGCCAGCGCGUUCGACUUCACUGUCUCCAACUUUGUGGACAACCUGUAUGGCUACCCAGAGGGCAAGGACGUGCUGCGGGAGACCAUCAAGUUUAUGUACACGGACUGGGCCGACCGGGACAAUGGCGAGAUGCGGCGUAAAACCCUACUGGCGCUCUUCACUGACCACCAGUGGGUGGCACCGGCUGUGGCCACCGCCAAGCUGCACGCCGACUACCAGUCCCCUGUCUACUUUUACACCUUCUACCACCACUGCCAGGCUGAGGGCCGGCCUGAGUGGGCAGACGCGGCGCACGGAGACGAGCUGCCCUAUGUCUUUGGUGUGCCCAUGGUGGGUGCCACCGACCUCUUCCCCUGCAACUUCUCCAAGAAUGACGUCAUGCUCAGUGCCGUAGUCAUGACCUACUGGACCAACUUCGCCAAGACUGGCGACCCUAACCAGCCAGUGCCGCAGGAUACCAAGUUCAUCCACACCAAGCCCAACCGCUUUGAGGAAGUGGUGUGGAGCAAGUUCAACAGCAAGGAGAAGCAGUACCUGCACAUUGGCUUGAAGCCGCGCGUGCGUGACAACUACCGUGCCAACAAGGUGGCCUUCUGGCUGGAGCUCGUGCCCCACCUGCACAACCUGCACACGGAGCUCUUCACCACCACCACGCGCCUGCCUCCCUAUGCCACACGCUGGCCACCUCGCCCGCCCCCUGGCGCCCCGGGCACGCGCCGGCCCCCACCGCCUGCCACCCUGCCGCCUGAGCCUGAGCCUGAGCCAGGCCCAAGGGCCUAUGACCGCUUCCCUGGGGACUCACGGGACUACUCCACGGAGCUUAGUGUCACUGUGGCCGUGGGCGCCUCCCUCCUCUUCCUCAACAUCCUGGCCUUUGCUGCCCUGUACUACAAGCGGGACCGUCGGCAGGAGCUUCGAUGCAGGAGGCUCAGCCCACCUGGUGGCUCAGGCUCAGGUGUGCCUGGUGGGGGCCCCCUGCUCCCCGCUGCUGGCCGAGAGCUGCCACCAGAGGAGGAGCUGGUGUCACUGCAGCUGAAGCGGGGUGGUGGCGUCGGGGCGGACCCUGCUGAGGCCCUGCGCCCUGCCUGCCCACCCGACUACACCCUGGCCCUGCGCCGGGCACCGGACGAUGUGCCUCUCUUGGCCCCCGGGGCCCUGACCCUGCUGCCCAGUGGCCUGGGGCCGCCGCCACCCCCGCCACCGCCCUCCCUCCAUCCCUUUGGGCCCUUCCCCCCGCCUCCCCCCACUGCUACCAGCCACAACAACACGCUACCCCACCCCCACUCCACUACUCGGGUAUAGGGGGCGGCUCGGGGAGGCCCUCCUCCCCAGCCCUCCCUGGCCCGGCCACUCUGAAGGCAGAGAGGAGGACUUGGCAACAGGCUUUUCUCCUGUGGAGUUGUCACACGUCGUCGAGCAGCAUCAAGGUGGACAUGGGAUUCCUCACUGGGAUGUGUGUUUCUCCCAUGCAGAGAGGCUCAUUCUCUUCUCUGGACCUGGGCCUUUGAACAACUGGAGGGUGUUUUUCCCCUCCAUUGGGACACCAGUCUUCGGUGUGUGGAAAUGUGGAAGUAUUUUCCCACGUGGAGGUGUGCUUUCUCACAAGGGGGUGUGUUUUCCCAUGUGCAGGGUGAGGUUUUUUUUUUGCCGCCCUGGACACAUGUUGGCCCCCUCGAAGAAUUUCUGCGGGGAUUUGUACCCCAGAAUCCUGUUCCCUCAUGCCUUCUCCCCCUCCUCUCCCUCCCUCCCCAUGGAGACCCUGGAAGUGGUGUGUUCACAUACAGUGACCCUUGGCCACCAGACGACACAGGGUGGUACCUGGGAAGCAGCGAGGAAAUCACAGCCCCCCUCGCCCCUGCCCUACCCCCUGCCCCCGCAAAGCAUGUCUUUCCCCCGUGGCACAAGUCAGAUGAAGCAUGUUCUCCCAGGAAGGCCCUCACCUUCCACAGAGGACAGACACAGAUUUCCCGCCAGGGGGAAGGGAGGAGAUCCGGGCAUCCCAGUGCUGCCUGGAAACUUGUUUUCCCAUGGUCCAGGAUACAUUUCUGAGUGGAAACAUGUUUUUGCAUGUGGAUGUGUGUUUUCCCAGGCAGAGGGUCCCUCUCUCCACAGCACUCCCCUGCGGCUCCCAGGCCUCAUGCCCAGUACUCAAUUCCUCCUCACACAGCCGGUGGGAGCAGCCUCCCGGGGAUGGGGAUGGGAGAUUGACAGAGCCGAGGGCAUGUACAAACCCUGAGGGAGGGCUCAGCCCUCCCUGGCCCAGGGAUGCUGAGUGGGGGCGGGGCAGGGCACAUGCCACCCGCAGAGGCCAUGCAUGUUUGACCAAAGCCCUCCUCAGGAUCUGAGGACAGCCUUUCCCUCAGUCCUGAGAUCAUUGCUCAUCUGUGCCAAACUGGAUAGGUGGGAUUGAGGGGGAAAGACCCCGAAAAUGUGCCAAGGAUUCCCCAGUCCCAAACCCAAGCAGGGGACAUGGUGGGGAGGGGGUGCAGCAGCAAAGGGGGCUCCCACCUGUGUCUCUUCUCUGCUCACCAGGUCAUGUCCCCUUCUGUCUCAGUUCCCCAUUCUCCUCCAUCGCUGUCUCUCUUUGAAGCUGUCCCCAUCUCAGUGUCAGACCAGCCUUCUCCCCUCAGCUGACCCCCCUCAAUUUUGACCUGUGUCCCCUUGGCUGAAGGGAUGGCAAGGAGCAGUAGAGGCUGGAGGGGAGGCAGCGGGAGGAAGGUCUCACCAGACAGGCUGGGGAGAAUGAGGUCAGCUGUGCCAAGGAACAGAUGGAGGGGACAGGAGGGGAUGGGGCUUGGGCAGACACCAGCAGGAAAAAUUUGAAAGGUUUUGAAAAGUGUGAGGUGACUGCCCAGAGGUCCCUGGGUGUGAGCCUCUGGGGAAAAGAAUGAUGUCAGGAAGGGUUUAAGGGACGCCAGUGGAGAGGGCAGAGGAGGGAUGCAUCCUCUGCCGGCCCUUUGUGGGAUGUUAGUGCCAAACUUCAGUAGGGGUGGGGUGCUGUCUUCCACUGACACCCAAAUCCAGAAUCCCUGGUCUUGAGUCCCUAGAAACUUUGCCUCUUUACUGCCCCUUCUUCUCCUACCUCCAUCCAUGGAAACUUAGUUCUUUUCUGACCCUUUCCCCUGCCUGGUCUAGCUCCUCUCCAAACAGCCAUGCCCUCCAAAUGCUAGAGACCUGGGCCCUGAACCCUGUAGACAGAUGCCCCCAGAUUUGGGGCACGGGAGGGGGGCUGGGGGACCCCAUGAUUCAGCCACGGACUCCAAUGCCCAGCCCCUCUCCCCAGAACAAUCCCGACAGUCCGUAUCCUUACCCCAACCCUUUGCGGCUCUGUACACAUUUUUAAACCUGGCAAAAGAUGAAGAGAAUAUUGUAAAUAUAAAAGUUUAA